CACUACAAAAUCCUUACCACUGUUUGACAAUUUAACUCGUCAACCCACAAGGAAAAAAUGGACAAGACAGUUAAUUGUGUCUCCUUCAAAGUAGUGUCCCUGCCCAGGGCUAAUUCGACCGCUUCAACCGGGCUAUCCCCGCCUCCCAAAAACUCAAACAGCUUUUUAAAGUAUUUUGAUUUCUUUUUGUCUCCAGAAUUGGCCAUAACUUUCUCAAUAUCCUCGCGCGAGUUUACAGGUACGAAGUUUUCUUCGACAUCCAUAACAUUCGACAUGUCUUUUCCGCCCCGCUUGCCAGCUUUGCCGUGCGAUGUACGAUAUAAAACUGCCAUUAUCCGGGCAAACGUCGAACCAAAUUUACCCCAAAACGAUAGCGAAGUGUUGUAUCGAUGUUGUUACAAGUAAUUCAUUGAAAAUAACAAGAUUUAAAGGCAUUUAAUACUUGGAUAUUCUCCAAGUGCAAUCAACAUUUUAUUAAAACAACACGUAUAGAAAAUACAUCAUAUUUUUCAACGCGCAUUGCACCGUGGGAUACAUUCCUGCGAACCUGCGAACAGGCAGGUGGCAAUUCUAAAUAUUGCUGACUGGACAAAAAAAACUCAAACAUGGCGUCGUCAACAACAAUGAGUCCGGUUUUAAACAAUUUCAAUUUAAAGCACGAAAACCUGCAACUGUCUCUUGUUUUUUGCCAUAUUUGUACAAGCUACUCUUGAAUUUAUACUUAGGCAGCAGUUUUUGGCAUGACCAAGGGCAACAAAGGGAAAAAUAAGGCGAAUUCCAAUGCCAAAUCUAAAGACCAUAUCGAAAGGAAACGAGACGAAAGAGCGAGAAGGAAUGCAUUGAGAAAAGAACGAGAAGCUAAAGAGUAUCUCGAAAAUGAUGAGAAUUUUGUCGCGUUUUCUAACCAGCUCGAAGCCUUGGGAUAUAAAAUUAAGGAUAUCAAAGGAGAUGGGUUAGAUUAUAUGAGUUUUAUUGUAAACAUUUGUAAUGCAUUUGAAUAUAAACGAUACAAUCGUUUUUAUUGAAUUUUAUAUCAUUUGUAGAUUUGUAGCUGAACAAUAAAUAGCCGAUUGUAAUCUGUUUUGUUAGGUGUUAAGCAGAUGAAGAACUCUUCUAAACAUUUCUGAUCUGUAAAUGUACACAAUACUACACACAUGAAAAGCAUACCAUUUUUGAGAUUUUACAUCCUGAAUCCUGUGCUCAAAUUUCCGUAAAUUUGCCUCAUCCCACGUCUUGUGACUUCUUGAAAUCGUAUAUCCGGCCAUUUUUCUUCCUAUUAUACCAUUCCUGGAAUUUUAUACCAUUCCUGGAAUUUACGUAUAUAUUCAAAACCAUUCAGCACCUGUUGUGAACACUCUAUAUCUUUCCUUCUUUGCAGUAACUGCCUGUUCCGAGCUCUCGCGGAUCAGUUGGACGGAACUGACGAUGGACAUUUGAGAUAUCGAAGAAUCAUAGCAAAAUAUUUAGCUGAUCAUAGAGAGGAGUUUGAACCUUUUGUGGAAGACAAUAAAUCAUUUGAUGAACAUGGUACAAAAUAAUUUGGUGAAUGAUAAAUACCUGUUUGGAUUAGAGAUUGUAUUUGAAGUUUCUAUAGUAUUGCUCUCUGAAAGUUUUGUUAUAGUGUUAUAUGUCUUAUGAUCUAAUAUUUGCACAUAUCACUCAUUUUUAGUCAAAGAACUCGGUAAGGCAGGAACAUUUGGUGGCAAUGAUUCUAUAGUCGCUUUCUCACGAUGUUAUGGCGUGAACGUCGUUAUACAUCAACUCAAUGAACGAUGUUGGGUUAUCCAAGGUGAAGUGUACAGGAAAACUGGAGAUCCUUUCCGAGAACUUCAUAUUUCAUAUCAUAAUGGUGACCAUUAUUCCUCAGUUCGUAGAAUUGGUGAUCCUGACGAUGGUCCUGCAUGGUUGUUUAAUAACCAGCAUAAGGUGUUAAUACUUUAUAACGAAAAAAUGUAUUUUAAAGUUAUACCUAAAAAGACGACGAUAUACCCAAACCUGUAUUAUUAAAUCAUAUUGAUUUGUUUUUAUUGAUUUAUUGGUAAGCUAUUCUCACAUUUUCACAAUCUUGUCAUUUCCGUGAGUAAUUUUGAAUACAUACAUCAUUCGGUCAUUAAAUACUUGCGGUGCUCUGGCAUGUCAUAACAAUGUAGAUAACUUGGUAUUAAACACUAAAACGAUUAAACUACAUUUAUUAUAUUGGAGAAAAAGUACACGUCCUACAGCACCUUCUGCAAUGCUUUUAUUUUCUCAUACCAGGACAAAAAAGAAACAGUUCAAUACGAAGAUAAAACUAAAAAUGCCAAGAAGUCAAAAACAAAGAAGACAGCAGUUUUGGACGAGGCUAUUGCUUCAGAAGAAUCGAGCGACAUUGCCAUCAUACAAGCAGCCACUGGUUGCCAGGUGGUAGCUAAAACUACUUGAAUUAGAACUGAAAAAAUUGGUAGUAGAACUUAAAUGACCAGUAUUAGAACUGCAUGAAGGAACGGAAAAGGCAUAGAAAUAUCAGUUUUUUUAUUGUUUUAGGAUUUGGAGUUAAUUCAACAAACCUUACUAGAGAGUAACAAUGAUCUUGAUGGCACAAUAAGUUACAUUUUACAACUGCAAUCGCUUGGUACCAUGGAAGGUAUAAAGUCAGAUUGAUACACAAACAUGACCGGAAGGUGGAAUCCAAUAUGUAUAGCCAAUAUCCUUCGUUACAGUAACUUUAUAAUAAAAUGUAUCAGAAAGUAUCACUGAAUGCGCCAUUGUAUAAAAAUAAUUUAUUUCCCUUUUAAGAGUCAACCGACGACUUCAGUUCGAGAGCAAAUUUUGAAGAUGAGGUAAAUAAUCGGACUACCAAUUUUGUGGAUGAGCAGGAUGAAACUAUAUCUGAUUUGAACGAGGACGAAAAAGGAGCAAUCUCGACUGACUGUCAGGCUCAAAACCCUAAAGCUGAUGAAGAUCUUUUCGCGAAAAUAUCCCAAGGACAAGGCGGUGCUAUACCAAAGACGAAACAACAGGUAAAAUGGGACUUCUUCAUUUAAAAUGGUAAUUAUUUAACCGAUCAUCUCAAAGAUCAAUAAAAUGACCGGGAUUUAAGUAACAUAAUCGUGCUAAUUGAUAUAUAUGAACAUUGUAACGAACCAAUCAAUAUUGGAACUAAGCUAACAUACUGCAUGUAAAAUAAUUUUUAAUAUUUUAAUUAUACCAACCAUCUAACGAUUAACUGACAAAACUUAUUGUUGUAUUCUUAAAACAAUUGUAGACUCCCAACAGCCGGAAACGAAAGCAUAUUGCAAAACAAGAAAAGAAAGCAAGAAGAAUGGAAGAACGACGUCAAGAGAUUAAAAAGAAAGAAAAAGAAAGUGAACUUUCAGAAAAACAAAAUGUAGAAACUAACAAUAGUACUAACAUGCCAGAUUUUUUAGAUCUAGAGGCACUGGCUAUAUGAAAUAAUUUAUUUGGGAACAUUUUCAUAACAAUUAAUGCAAGAAAUAAAUGUACUGUACAUAUUAUUAAGAGUCUAUUGUCUAUAUUAAGAGUCUAUAUUAAGUGUCUACUGUACUUAUUAGGAGUCUAAUGUCGACAAACUGAUUGGUACUGAAUCUUUCACUGCGAUUGAAAUAUUACAAUGUAAUCUUCCAUCUUUACUUUUCACUUAUGCUGGAGUAUAUUUGAAAGUAAUAUCUGCUCGGGCAGUGCCAAUAGCAUAGAUAACAAUUUGGUUGCCUUCAUCUGGAUAAACUGGACCUAAAAUGGAAAAUAAUUAGUGAUUUAUACAGAGCCUGAAAUAAUUUUAAAAUUUGUCCGGAAAAACUUCCGAUCAAAACGAAAUUUGACCGGAAAUUUGCAAAAUUGACCGGAAUUUUUUUUAGUUUAGUUUGACCAAGUUAUAGUGAAUAAUAAUUUAAUCACGCCCGCCGACACUGUUUUUAUCUUGACCCGACAACACCACGCUGUAAACCACCAUCUUGUUUAUUGGGCUCGUGAACUAUACUUUCCAGUUGAUUACUUUAUAUUAGCCUAAUAUAGAUAAUCCAAACUUACAGAUGGUACUCACUGUGCUGAGCGCCGACCCGAUCAUUAAGAAAACAUUUUUCUUUUUCUCAAAAUUUGGCCGGACAAAAUUUCCGAUCAUUUCAGCAUUUGAUCGGAAAAAUCGGAAUUUGGUCGGAAAACCGCCGGCCGCCGCGGCCGUUAUUUCAGGCUCUGUUUAUAUCAUCAAAUAUACAGAAUACAACUGAACUUCAUAAACUGCUAUCAUCACUAG